AUCUACUUCCGGAAACUUUUCAACAAAGCAAUAAAUUUCGAUUACCCUGAAGAACGUAGUCACAAACGAACAUGAUCAUAAAGUGAUAAAGAUGUUGCAGUUAUCUGACCAUGAAUGAGUCACAUUACACCAUGGAAGUAAACAUCACACAAUAUUCAUUACAUUUACAAAGCUUGAGUGAAACUUUUCUGAAAAAGAUAAACUUUCAUGGUCAUGAUGGUAGAACCAAAAAUAUCAGUAAUAGAAUUAGAAAAUGAAUCAAUAGAAAUUUUUGAUAUGAAAUCUGACUUCAUGUAACUGAAACUGGAUAAAUUUCAAAAAACAAACAAAAAACUAAAAAGAAAGCUAGAUAACAAAUUGGAUUUUGAACCUUCUCUGCAAUCAGGUUUCACAGACAGACAGCUCAUGAACCUUCUCAUCAGACAAUUACACUUGAAAAUAAGUUGAAUCCUGAAUAUUCUACAUUGAUUCAUAAGUUUCCACCAAACAGAAGUGUAUACAGAUUCUGAAUUUUAAGUCAGCAAAAUUACUUAUAAAGUAAAUCAGACUUAGAUUUAUAAACAGUGAUGGAUUGCAACCUUGAAGUAAAUUACAUAGCUGAAAUUUCAGUCAAGGAAAUGGCAAACCAUGAAAUAAAUAACAUACAUGUAGCUGAAAAUUUAGUCAAGUCAAACCAUGAAACAUCUAAUAGUAACAUUGAAAAGAAUGAUGAAUGUGUAGUAUCAAAUGAAAUGGUAGAAAAACAUUUACAUGCAAUGAUGAACAAAUCACAAGAGAUUUACACAGGUGAAGGUCAGUUUACAAGUAUAAAUAGAAUGGAAUUACCCUUGCAGAAAGACCAAUCCAGUAUAGACAUGACAGAAGAUAGUGCAAUUAACAAAACUGUGUUGCCAUGCCAACAGAAUGUAAUCCUUGUCAAGAUACCAACUCAAUAUUUGGACUAUAUUUGUCAAUUCUGUAGUAAAGAUUUCUCAAGUAAGAGCAGUCUGAAAGAACAUUUGAUAAUACACAGUGGAGAACAGCCAUUCUCGUGUGAUAUUUGUGACAAAAAGUUUAACAAGAAGGGGAAUCUAAUGAGACAUUACAACACACAUGGCGGGGAGAAGAAACACACCUGUGGUAUAUGUGGGAAAAGUUUUAAUCAUGCUUGUACAUUAAAAGAUCACAUGAAACGCCAUACUGGGGAGAAACCCCAUGAAUGUGAAAUUUGUAAACGACAGUUUUCUGAGAAAUGUAAUCUGAAAAAACACAUGGUGCUACAUUCUGGUAUAAAACCGUACUCCUGUGAUUAUUGUGAUAAACCAUUCUUUGAUGCAGGAAAUCUUGCCAAACAUAUUCUGAUACACACUGGUCAGCGUCCCUAUCAGUGUGAUCUCUGUGGUAAGAAGUUUAGGUACGGAAACACAUUAAAGAGACACCAGAGAAUCCACACAGGAGAGGCGCCAUUUCCCUGCCCUGUGUGUAACAAAGCUUUCUUUUCUAACGGAGAACUACACAACCAUUCAGUUAUACAUACAGGUGUGAAACGGUUUAAGUGUGAUGUGUGUAGUAAAUGUUUUAGUCGUAAUCAUCACUUACACCAGCACAUGAAAAAACACACGGGUGAGAAACCAUAUGCAUGCGAUGUGUGUGGUAGUAGAUUUGUUCAGACUUCAGGUUUCCGGAAGCACAUGCGGACAUUUCAUCCCUCAGUACCCACGGAAUGGCAACAUUUACCAGACUCAAAUCGUACAUCAGAUGAAUUUGUUCAACCUAAUUCUAAUGUGUCUAAGAAAGAAACUAAAUAUACUUGUGAAAUAUGUGGAGUCAAGUUUGUACAUGGUGCAACUUACCAAAAACAUUCCCUUAUUUAUCAUGAGAAAUCUAUACCCAAAACAUGGUCAAGAGCACCAAGAUUAAAAAAGGUUAAAAGCAAUGUUAAACAUGUUAAAACUACAGCAGAUGAUGAAUUAACAGAAAGUAUUAAAGAAUUGAUUCAAAAGAAUGAACAAUUUCUGAUAAAAACUGAACCCCCUUAAAUGUACAUUUGACAUUUCAGAAAAUAACUAUAUUUUCUAUUAAUUAACAAGCAAUAUUAAUUCAACUAGUCAAAUGAAUGAAAUAAAAAUAUCUUUUUGUAAGAUUAAAUUUUUUUCACUAUCUAGAAUAUUUAACAAUAGAAAGAGAAGGUGCUUAUCCAUUGUUAGCAGCCCUUAUAGAUUAGUAUAUUAUAUACUGUUACAAAUGUAAUAACAACAUAUAUAAGAUUGAGAAUGGAAUUGGGGAAUGUGUCAAAGAGACAACAACUCAACCAUGGAACAGACAACAGCAGAAGGUCACCAACAGGUCUUCAAUGGAGCAAGAAAUUCCAGCACCCAGAGGUGUUCUUCAGAUGGACCCUAAACAAAUAUAUUUACUAGUUCAGUGAUAAUGAAUGCCAUACUAAACUCCAAAUUGUACACAAGAAAUUAAAAUUGAAAAUAAUACAAUGCAGCGGGGUUAAACAUGUUUAUGAAAUCUCAACCCUCCCCUAUACCUCUAGCCAAUGUAGAAAAGUAAACGCAUAACAUUACGCACAUUAAAAGUCAGUUCAAGAGAAGUCAGAGUCUGAUAAGAUGAAACCAAAGAAAAUAAACAAAACGACAAUAAUACAUAAAUAACAACAAACUACUAGCAGUUAACUGACAUGCCAGCUCCAGACUUCAAUUAAACUGAUUGAAAGAUUAUGUCUUCAUCAUAUGAAUAUCAGACACAAUCCUUCUUGUUAGGGUUUUAGUAUCAUACCAUCAUGACAUAUAUAUAUAUAUA